AUGCUGUUUAGUCGUUUAGUUACUGCAGUGCCAAGCGGUCGUAAAGGCAUAGUUGAGGAUCGGUUUGUUGUGUUCUUGUGUGUGGAAAGGGAGCGAAGGCCAUAAUUGGCGUAAUAAAUUCAAAAAACAGAAAAUUUAUUAUUAUUUUGUUACUAUAUUGCACUAAUUAAUUACUCGUCUCAACGGUACCUUGCGCUGUCAACAAAAAUUUAACAAUAAAAAUACAGCGCCAUGACUUGUGCAACGUCCACAGUGAAAUUUUUAGCCUUUCUAAUGAAUGUGCUCUGCUGUAUAGCGGGCGCUUUCAUGUUAUCGGCCAGCGCUUACUCCUUGGUGCAAUUCGACGCCAGCGAAUCCAUUAAGAUACCCUGUAUUAUGGGCGUGGUGUUGGGCGGUUUGCUCUUCGCCACCACCAUAGUGGGCUGCUGUGGCGCCAUACGCGAGUCGCCGCACACUAUUUUGGUUUAUGCCAUCUUUUUGCUGCUGCUGCUGCUCGCACAAAUCGCCGUCAUCUUCGCGCUACCAAUAGAUUUCUCCAAAUUAGCCGAGGAGACGAUACAGAACGCUUGGAAUCGGCAGAUGAGCGAUGACGCCAUGGAUAAUUAUCAAAUUAGAUACGAGUGUUGUGGCAAAAAUGGACCCAACGAUUACAUCGACAGUGGUCUAUCCAUACCUACGAGCUGUUAUCUCAACCGCAAGACAUCCAUUCCAAAUGAUCUCUACACAGCGGGUUGCGUAGGGAAGUUAACUCAAGCCUUUGCUAACGGAUCACGUAUUGAAAUAAUCAGCGAUUGGACGUUGGUGGGCGUGGAGGGUGUUACCAUAAUUGUCGCAUGCAUUCUGGGCAUCAAUUUCAAAAACGUGGAAAGAAGGCGCUAUUACUAGUAGAUUAUUACUUAAACUGCAUAAAUUUCAUAGUAUUUUAAAUUAGCAGCUUUAUUUUAAAGAAUAAUAAUAAUAAAAUAUUUAUUUUAUAUAAUUUUAUAUACAAUUGAAGCCAAAGUAUUAGGCAUUACAAAAACCUUAUCCACCUCAGUCGGGUCUAAACAACUAGAACGGUCACGGAUUAUUAUUCGGCCAAGGACUGUUAACUCGGCACCAUUCCUGGAAAUUACUUCAGCAAUAUUUUCUGCCGCUACAACAACAACAAACAGCAACAUUAGAAAAACAUAUGUUAAUACUGUGUUGAGUGCAAAUAAUUAAUUUUUAGUACUCAGCAGCUUCUAUUUGAAUAAAAUUUUUUCAAAUUUGUUUUGUGAA